AUGUCUGACAUCAAAGUUGACGGUUUCAAGGCCUCAGACGUCAUCGUCAACCUUCACACUGCAUUCGACAGUUUCACCGAUGCACAGAGACAAGCGCAAGUAAAGAAAACCAAGGGCAUCUUCGAGCUCCGAAUUACGAACGACGACAAGAAGGAGGCCGUCUGGACAAUCGACUUGAAAAAGAAGGGUGCCAUUCUGAAGGGACUAGCCUCGCCCAAAGCGGACGUCACACUCAUCAUGUCGGAUGAUACGUUCUCGCAGCUUGCUUCAGGCAAGAUGGAUGGUCAGAAAGCUUUCCUCACUGGCAAGCUGAAGGCAAAGGGUAAUAUCAUGUUGGCCACGAAACUCGCCGCCGUCCUUCAGAUGGCCAAGGACAAGGCAAAACUGUAG